AUGGCAAGCCUUCUGCUGAAGUCCAUGAUGACACGAUCUUCUCUUUUAUUCGCCUUGGCAACAUUCGCCGCAGCCCAACCAGGUUAUGGAUUUGACACGACGGGCCUGUUUACAAGAGAUGCAGGCUCUUGCCCUACAGAUUACACCUCGUGUGGCGGAAAGCUACCAUCUGACUUCUGCUGCCCUUCUUCAUCCACCUGUCUUAGUCUGGAAAACGACACAACUGCCCUUUGUUGCCCUUCGGGGAGCGGCUGUGAAUCGAUCCAGCCGAUCACCUGCGAAAUCAGCCAACAAAAUGUUACGGCCUACCCUAAAGGUACUGUUAAGACAACUCGCCUUGAUGACGAGCUUCCCAAAUGCAACGACGCCUGCUGUCCUUUUGGCUACACCUGCCACAAAGAUGUUUGUUUGAUAAACCAGGGCACAUCGUCCAACGGAACAACAACCAGUGCAACUACACAAUCGUCCAGCCCAUCAGGCCUUGGAGCUGCUGUCACACCGGCUUCGAGUGCGGCUGCCGCAUCUUGUCCUUCAUUCCCAGGCGGCGCCGUUGCAGCAGGCUUCUUCCCUGGCGCCGUCUUCGGUGCCGUCCUUGCGCUCUUGAUAACAAUGUGCCUUCGCCGCCGCUCCCUCAAGAAGCAAGCAAUGAACCCAGAUAUCAAAUCCACCGGUGGCUCUGGCGGCAAUGGGAUUCUUUGGUCACAGCGUUCAUCCUCAGGAGCCGUCCUCGGAAUAUCAAGCCCCAUAGCCUCAGAAGAUGCAUCAUACCGUACGGACUUCCUCCUACGACCGAAUGACUGCAGACGGAACUCAAUGGGCGGCCGUUCAACGCGGUCUGUACGAAGCCGAGUACGCAGUCUAUUCGCAACGAACACGAGCAAUCCCACGCUAGAGAAGGAUGUUCCUCCGCUGCCAACCAUGCCCGCCAAACCUGACCCCGUCACUCCUCCUCGACAGCGAGAGCCCAGCAGCGAGAGCAUCAAGAUUUAUUCGCCUCCCGGGGCUUUCCAGCAGUCGAAGCGUUUUUUGGGCCCCGAGCCGUACCCAGGUCGAACAGCAAGGCCGUCCACUACUUUUGCGGAUCUGAUACAAGCGGUGGGCUUUGACGAUAACAAGGGGAAGCCGGGGUACAAGGGCCAAGGAACGGGGAGAUAUUGA